AAUUAACCUUAACGCCAUCGAAUGAUCAGCUUUGUGUUGUAAUACGCUUCGUGUAAAGCUUUACUACGUUUUCGACAUUAAACAAUGGCAGCUGUAAAUCACCCAUAUUUACCGAGAAGUCUAAAAUUGCCACAUUUUAUACAAAAUACUAGGAGCACAGCAGAAAUUUUAACCAUACUUAGCAUAUCUAGUGGGAUAAUUGUUAUAAUUGCGUGGAUUUUAUCCGGUCGACGUCAAGAACCUUUCUGUUGGAAAAGGAGACUUGUUCUCGUUUGGUUUAUGCUCUGUGGAUUCAUUCACCUGGUAUUAGAAGGGUAUUUCGCAGCAUAUCAUGCUGUUCUUGCCGGUCACUCUUCUGUUCUUGGGGAAAUGUGUAAGUUAAAAAAUAAAAGAUCACAGUAUGAGUAACUUUACUGUACUGACAUUUUUACUUUAAUUAAAGUCUAAUUCCAGUAAUUCAGUAACAGUUACUGAUUAUUUAAUUUGUAUUGUAGGCCUAGCAGCUAGCACUAAUCAGAAAAAUGCAGCCCAUAGCACUCAGACUGAUAGAAGUAUCAGAUAUCAUGAAGCAUACUUACUUAGGUCAUAAUAUAGGCAUUCAGACUGUACCAUUCAUUACUCUUAAACUUAAGUCUAAGGCUGUGGCUAAGUAUUAGCAGUAAAACUAUCAAUACCCAUUAGGGAGCUAUUUGUAGUAAACUACCAAAGCCAAUAGCUUCUAGAGAGCUAAAGUUAACUUUAAACUCUUUCCAUGCCAGGGGGUUUUCCAUGUUUGACUGACCGUUUUUCAGCCAAUUGAACAUUUUAGGGUGCUCUUAGUCUUAUUAAUUAAUGAAGGCUGCGACUAUUCAGACCCGGGUAUCAGAAGUGAGAGUUUGGGUUCAUUAAAAAUAUUAUUGUAGGGUUUUUAAGACAAAAUUAGGUAUCAAAUGAAAGAUAAUUGAAUGGACUAUAUUUUUGUAAACUUACUUCUUCAGUUUAACUAAAAUAAACUACCACAAAUAAAAUAUGACAUCCAAAAAGCAUUUUAGUCUAAAGGGACCUGGACACGCAUGGCAUAGCUGCUAUUCGGACCCGGGUCCAUUAGACUUCAUUUUGUUAAUUCCAACCUCUCACUUCUGAGACCAGGGUCCCUAUACUAGCAUAUAUGUUAAUUCCAACCUCUCACUUCUGAGACCAGGGUCCCUAUACUAGCCUAUAGCUACUUCGAUUAAUGAAUUUUGAAUACCUUCUUUUUAGCAAAAUAGCUUUGGGCCUAUUUCAUAUCAAAUUAAAAGACAUUGAUCUGAGAAUAAUAAUAUUUAAAAGAUAAAACAAUAAGACAAUAAUUGGAAUCCUAUUCUGCUUAAAUCAUCAGAAAUCCAUUUUUGAUCAGAAUGCAUUUUACGUUUGAAAAUAUUUCAAUUAGUGACAGAGUUACACACAUUAUAGUAGCGUUAAUGUCACCUAAAGAAAGCAGUUUCUUUGCAUAUGUAUAUAUACACAAAUGUCUAACACAUUAUUUACAAAAUAUUUUACUUUGGUAAAAAUUUCUUUAUGUGUGUUCCUUUCUGGAGCACUCCUUUACACACAAAUGAGGUCUUCCUGUGCAUCCGAUGCACACAUAGCAGCCAAGUUUGGUCUUGGUUGUUUUGUGCACUGAACAUUGUGCACACUGUUAAUACUGUUAAUCAUGCAGUUAUAGUCAACCAGGUGCUUAUUUUCACUGACACACUUCAGUCUGCAUUGUCGAUGGGCUUUUUCCUUGGAUUUGAUAGGGUGGGCACUAGGGGAAUGAGUGCUUCAGGGUUCUGAAACUAUUCUUCCCGCAUCUUUUCUGCUAAAUCUCCGAUUUCUCUUUGCGCAGGAACAGGAAUAGUAUUAGCUGAAUUCUCACUGAUGUAACUUUUGAACCACUUGAGUUAGAAAGUUGAUCUUAGAUUUUUUGUAAUCCAUUCUCUGGGCUCUAUACAGCUGUGGUAUUUUUAUAUUUAAAAAAUGUUUUGAAAUUUUGCCAAAGUGUCGCUGCACCUCUAUCACUAUCACCAUUCAUAAGUUGGCAGUGCUGACUCCCUAGCCCCCGUCUUGGUUGGGAAAACUCAUAAAAGUAUAUUACCCACUUAUAAGCUGACCACAUAAAAUAGUGUACAUUCAAUAUAAGCAAAACUGGUAAUAUACAUUUUUAAAAAAAAAUUGAGGCUUAAAAAAAUAAUUUUUUCUUAAGUUAAACAAAAAAACCCCCUUAAAAACAAUUUAAAAUUAUAAAUAUAAUGGAGGCAUGUAACUGAGACAUUUACUAGCUUUGCUUAUCUAACUAACCAUACUGAACAUUUCAAAAAAUAUUUGUCUGUGGUUUGAAAAGAAAUAUGUGGUUAUCUUUCGUUUGCAAUUGGCAAUACCCGUUGUUUACUAUGCAAUACAUAUCAAAGAAUAAUUUUGCAUAGAGCAGAUGGCAGUCUAACAAUCUGACUUGGUGUGUAUUUAGUAUGCAAUGUAAGAUUUUUAAAAUCUUUAAAAAAAAUUUCUAUGUAGCCUGCUGCCUGUAUGAAUAUCAUGAAAAAAAUCUUUUCAAAUCAUACCUCCAGUAUAUAAUGGGUUAAAUGUAUCUCUUUUCAUCAGUCAAAAGCCUGUUAUGAAUGAAUAAAUCAUUUUAAUAUUACCUCUAUUACUAUUAUUUUUGUUUUGUUGCAUUUCAGGGAAAGAAUAUAGUCUUUGUGACAGCAGAUAUAUUGGGUUUGUAUAUUUACUGUAACAUAUUAUUUUUAUUUUUGUAGGCCUUCAGAGAUUGUAUAUAUAGAAAAUUAAAAAAUAUAGCAUUGAUAAUAGUUUUAUAGCACAGUGUAGCCAGUUAAAAUUUUCAAAGGUUAAAACAUAAAGAACUUUGCUCAGUGAUAUUUCCUUCUUGCUACUAUAAGUCAGUUGUUUAGCAAUUACAAGUAAUUGGUGGGUCAAAAAAAUGUAUGAAAAGUAGUUAAAAGUCACACAACUGUGAAUAAAGUUAGCAAAAGUAGUUUUCAAAACAUCUAGUUAAGUUUGACUAAAGGGUCUACCAUAAAUGAAGUCAGUUGUCAUGGGAGGGAGGGGGGGAGGCAGGGCACAAUUUGUGACAAUGUAUCACUUUAAAAAAAGAUGUGGAUUUUGUGUAAAAAAAAAUGACCAAAAUAGCGUGACAUCAAUUAUGGAUGGCCCCUAAAAGCUUUCACUCUAUAUGAUCUUUUCUUUACCUUUUCUAUGCUUGGUAUUGAGGAGAUAUUGUUCAAAGAUACUAAAACAAAAGUCUUAUUGCAAUUGUAAAUCAAAGUGUUAAGACCUAAAACUUAUGUAAGAUGCAUUUUGAUUAUCAUUAACAGAUCUGACGCAUUUGUAGUGUGUAUGGAAACUAUCACCGCUGUAAUCGAUGGACCACUGGCGUUCGUGACAUUUGCUGCCUUCAUGACCGGAAACAACUACCGCUAUGCCCUGCAGUUAAUCUUGUCCCUGUGUCAACUUUAUGGGGACGUUCUAUACUUUGGGACUGCCUACAAAGAAGGAUUUGUACAUGGUCCCACUGAUAGUCCUCUUUAUUUUUGCUUUUAUUUUUGUUUCCUCAAUGCAAUCUGGAUUGUUGUCCCAAUCCUUCUGAUUAUUGAUUCAGUCAAGCACAUUGCUAACUGCCAACGAGUAUCUGAUUUUUAUGUUGAUGAGUACAACAGAAAGUUUGCGCUCACCAACUCCAACCACCAUAAAAUACAUUAAGUUUUUGUUUCUUUUAGGGUCUGUAAUCUGACAACUUACUUGGUCAUUUAUACUAGUAUUACUAGAGGAAAAUUUUUUAAUGUAAUAUUAAGAGCACAGAAAUUUGAUGUGUUUGCUAAAUUUCUAUAAGCUUAUAUGAUAUAUAAAUGAUGAAUUCAGAAUUACCAUCAUUUUAUAUUUGGGAAGCCAAACACAUUGCUUUGUUAUUAAUAUGUUUCAGCUCUUACUGCUUGGUUCCCCCGCCUCCAGCACUUUUAUAAAAUUAAGGCUAACUAGUUGAAUUAGAAGAAUUAGGUGAAAUUUCAAUAUUCCAACAAAAGUUAAAUAUAAUUUUUCUAUUAUUGCAGUACAAAAAAUGCCAGUAGAAGUGUUUCUUAGAAAUAAAUUGUCAAAUAGUUUAUCUUUUCUCCUGUUCUAAAUAAAUUGUCCGUUAUACCUGGUUGCCAUAAAACAAUCGUUUGCAUCUUUUGCUACAAGUUAAUACAUGCAGAGUCAAGUCUUUGCAUCUUUUGCUACAAGUUAAUACAUGCAGAGUCAAGUCGGAGACGACUUAAAUUUUUUAAUAUCCUGGUCACCAAUUAGUCACCAAGUAUUUCAAGUAUCUAAAUUGCAAAUUGUUCAUUUUAUAUCAUAGCAUUCAAAUAUUCUAUCAGCUGUUGACAUUUUUCAAUCGGAGAGGCAGCUAAAUUGUUUUGGUUGGUUUUCUUUCUGGUUCCUAAGCCAUAUCCUGAGUUCAAUGUCAAAAAUUUACAAUUAAUUCAAGGUUUAUGUUAUUUGUAUUCCCUUUUGUAAAAUUAAUUGUAAUUUUUUAAAUUUCAGAAUUGCGCAAAAUAAAAAAUUAUUUAUGUUUGAUAAAUAAAUCAUGUGGAACUAUUCAAUGCAAAAGGCAUGAAUGUAUGUUGUCAUAUAAAAUUUAUUAUAUCACAAAGUUAUCAACAUUCUUUUAAUUAACAUUUGCAGGAAUGUCUGUUGUUGCGCUCAAUUUGUUUUCUCUUCCUUUUAACAAUUUCUUAGAAUAAAAUAGGUGAUUGAAAUUGUGUGAACAAGAUAAGCUAUAGUUAAAUCUUUUUUUGUAACAGCAGAUGUUUGGUUUGAAAUUUUUUGUAUUCUCGUUAACUGAAUUUUUUAAUUCCUAGCAUCAUACAAAUAUAAAUUGAUGUGUAGAUUUUUAUACAUUGAGUAGUGAAAUUGUAUUUUGUUGUGAAAUUGGAACUUAUUUUUAAAAAAUGUACCUUUUUUUUCAACUGUAAAAAAUUUGAUGCCUACAUCAGGCAGGAUCCACUUAACUUGAUUUGAAAUUGCAUGCCGGGUACACCUUUGACUGGACAGGACUUCAAAAUUCAUCUAAUCACAUUCAUAAGAAUAUGUUUCUAGUCUGGAAUUUUGAAGCCCGAGUACACAGAGUUGGAAUAUUUAACAAAUCUCCUGCUCAUUUAUAUGAAGUAAUCAACAAAAAACUUUGUGACAAUCAAAAAAUGCUAAAGAUCUGUAAAAAGUAAGUUAUGUUUUGCUUUUGUUCAGUACUGGUAUAACUACUGAAUAUUUUUCGAUUACCCUACAAUUAAAUGGUCUAUCAUGUGUAGAUAAUGAAAUGAAUUGUGUAAAUUCAUAUUCAAUUACCCCGGUACAUCAUCCUUUUACACCAGGUGCAAUGUGUAAAAAAAAAAAGGCAGACAAAUAUGACCCAAUAUUGUGUAUUUUGCAAAGAUCCCAAUUUUUCUGUAACUUAAAUCAUCUGAAACAUCUUAAAGUUUAAAGAUUGUCUUGUUUGAUAAUGCUAUGUCCCUGAAGGCCUGUGCAGAAGUCAAGGGGGGAUAGCUGCUUUUGUUUUGUUUUGCAGUGAUGCCCUUGUCAAACAGUAAGCAUAAUUUUCUACCCUGUACUAUACUAUACAAUAUCAAUUACAAUAAUUACAGGGCUGUUGGUGGCUUUUUUUUUCAGCAAAGCUAACAUGUUCUUUGUUCAUGGCUUUUGCCUGUCUGAUAGUAUUGCAUCACAAAACUGCUUUAUUUUUUGAAGGAUGGUUUGGAGUUUAGAGGUUCCAAAUGGUUAAUUAUAUAUUAUUUAAGAGUCAGACUUUACAAAUGUUUCAUGAUCUUAGUACCAGUACCAUAUUUUGUAUGAUUGAAAAGAUUGAAUUAUGAGUUUGCUGGUCAUUAGGUUGUGUAAAUAAUCUUUAGUAUGAACUAUGAGCUGCAACAAUUAAACAUUUUCUAAUAGAUGUCUAACAAGUCAGUAGUCUCUGGUUGAUUUUAUUUUAAUGUAACUUUGGCUAGUCUACUAAUAGGGAUUGAUGAUUUUGUAUUUUCCCUUAUAGAGUUUUAUAGAUUUUUCACCAUUUUAUCCCACAUUUGUUAAUGUCAUACAGUUAUAAAAAGUUUAUCAUGGUGUGUCAUUGUAUGUAUAAACCAAGCACGACUUUGAUCUUUAAAAAUCUUUUCUCUUUUUUUUUUUGAUCAUUGUAUGUUUUAAUUAAUGUUAAAUUAUUUGAUUUUGUGCCACAAGCUGUAAUGAUUUUAUUGUCACAGUGUUGGUUGUCAGUAUCCACACAGAGUUGAAAACCUGUCUUUAGAAUAAUUGCAAUGGAGUAGCAAGAGCUGUAAUAAAGUUUAUUUUUCUACUUUAAUAACUUGUCACAAACCUUGGUUUUAAAUAAAAAGAGGAGUUAGAAUAACAAAAAUAAUAACUGAUUUGUUUAAAAUGUACACAUUUGCAAAAAAAAAAAAAAGGUUCAAAUUCCAAGUCAUGAGCUGAAAAUGGUUAAUCCUGCGCAAAUUUCAACUGCAAUUAAUUUUUCUAAUUUAAAUGAAUAAAACUUUUAAGUGGAAAGGUUUCAUUUAUUUAAUUAAGGUGAAUUUUUGUAAACAAACCUUGGUUUUAAAAAAAAAGAGGAGUUAGAAUAAAAAAAAAAAUAACUGAUUUGUUUAAAAUGUACACAUUUGAAAAAAAAAAAAAAAGGUUCAAAUUCCAAGUCAUGAGCUGAAAAUGGUUAAUCCUGCGCAAAUUUCAACUGCAAUUAAUUUUUCUAAUUUAAAUGAAUAAGACUUUUAAGUGGAAAGGUUUCAUUAAUUUAAUUAAGGUGAAUGUUUGUAAGAUGUGCAACCAACAAAACGUUUUGCAUUACGUUGUCCUCUUCAUGCAAUCUUUCCCUGUCCCUGUUUUUCUUAAUUUUUUUAUUGAUUUAAAAAAUGAUACCGGUAUUUUAUUAUUUGGAAUUGGUGAACCACUUUAAUUCUAUCUUUAUUUCAAAUAAAUAUUGUUCAACUUGCGCACGUGUCUCAGAUACCACAAUUUUUUAAUUUAAAUAAAUCUUAGAAAAGAACAAGUCGAUCCAUAAGGAAAACCAGUAAUAAGUUAAAAUUAGAAACAUUUUUUCAUUGAGAUGUAAGAAUUUUGGGAAAAAAUAAUGGGGAAAGAGGGC